CGCGCUCUCCGUGCCAUGGCCCUAGUCCCUCUUGGCUGUCUCGGACUACAUUUCCCAGCAUGUAACGUGGCGCUGGGAGGCCGGCUGGCGAAAAAGACUCCGUUACCCAGUGAGCACGAGGACGGCGCAGGACCCCUGGACUUCAUUUCCCGUCGGCCCAUGGGGGGAGCGCCGGAAGCCCGCCCCGCCCCUCAUUGUGCGGCUCAUACUAAACGGAAGGGGCCGGGAGAGGCCGCGUUCAGUCGGAUCCCGGCAGCAGCUGCAGCGGCUCUCAUCUCUUCUGACUCUCCUUGCUAUCUCUCUUUCGCUUCCGGAAACAUGGCCUCCGGCGUGGCGGUCUCUGACGGUGUCAUCAAAGUGUUCAAUGACAUGAAGGUGCGCAAGUCCUCGACACCAGAGGAGGUGAAGAAGCGCAAGAAGGCGGUACUCUUCUGCCUGAGCGAGGACAAGAAGAACAUCAUCCUGGAGGAGGGCAAGGAGAUCCUGGUAGGUGAUGUGGGCCAGACUGUAGACGACCCCUACGCCACCUUUGUCAAGAUGCUGCCAGACAAGGACUGCCGCUAUGCCCUCUAUGAUGCAACCUAUGAGACCAAGGAGAGCAAGAAGGAGGAUCUGGUGUUUAUCUUCUGGGCACCUGAGUCUGCACCUCUUAAGAGCAAAAUGAUUUAUGCCAGCUCCAAGGAUGCCAUCAAGAAAAAGCUGACGGGGAUCAAGCAUGAAUUACAAGCAAACUGCUACGAGGAGGUCAAGGACCGCUGCACCCUGGCAGAGAAACUGGGGGGCAGUGCUGUCAUCUCCCUGGAGGGCAAGCCUUUGUGAGCCCCCUCCAGCCCCCUGCCUGGAGCAUCUGGCAGCCCCAGACCUGCCCAUGGGGGUUGCAGGCUGCCCCCUUCCUGCCAGACCGGAGGGGCUGGGGGGAUCCCAGCAGGGGGAGGGCAAUCCCUUCACCCCAGUUGCCAAACAGCCCCCCCUCACCCCCUGGACCUUCCUCCUCCCUCCACCCCUGACGGUUCUGGCCUUCCCAAACUGCUUUUGAUCUUCUGAUUUCUCUUGGGUUGAAGCAGACCAAGUUCCCCCCAGGCACCCCAGUUUGGGGGGGCCUGUAUUUUUUUUAACGACACCCCAAUUCCCCACCUGUUCCUCCCUUUUCCCAUGCUGCCAACUUCUAACCGCAAUAGUGACUCUGUGCUUGUCUGUUUAGUUCUGUGUAUAAAUGGAAUGUUGUGGAGAUGAUCCCUCCUUGCGCCGCCUGGUUCCCCUCCCCUUUUCCCCUGGUCUUGGCCACCCAUGGAAGCAGGACCAAUAAGGGACCUUCAAUUAAAAAAGAAAAGAAAAAAAACCACACACACAACAAUAAAAAGGCUCACUAAUGGGA